CAACAACAUAAGGGGGGAAACAUGAUGGGAGUAUGACGGCUGCCACACGGCUGAUAUCAAGGUUGACGCUGGUCACUGGAGGAGGCAGUGGGAUCGGACGGGCGGUAUGUCAGCGUUUGGCCUCUGAGGGCGCCUCCGUGGUGGUGGCAGACAUCAGCGAGGAGUCUGCCAACGAGACCAUGGUGGGUCUGCAGAAUGAGCUCAGAGGACAGGGUCACAUGGCGGCUGUGGUGGAUGUGUCAUCAAAAGAGAGCGUGAAGAAGCUGGUCACCAGAAUACAGCCUCCCUCAGUGUGUGUGAACGCAGCAGGCAUCACGCAGGACCACUUCCUGCUCAACAUGGAGGAGGAUCACUUUGACAGAGUCAUCCAGGUCAACCUGAAGGGCUCCUUCUUGAUCACUCAGGCUGUGGCUCAGGCUCUGGUGGCCUGUGGAGCACCCAAAGGAUCCAUCAUCACCGUGGGCAGCAUCGUAGGAAAGGUGAGAGAGCUGCAGAGAGACGCUUUCUAGACGACAGUUUCACUUCUCUGUUGAAUCUUUUAAGGUUUCUUUUCAAAUGUAUGAACAUAAGUGUGUAAGGACCUGGUGUGUGAAUGUGAUCACUUACUUGUGAUGGACUCUUUACUCAGCAGCCUCUACCAUCAGUGU